AAGCCGGCGGCAGGGCAGCCCUGGAGCGUCCGUGUCUCUUCUGCCUCCUGCUGCCCGCGCUUUUCUCUCCCCGGGAUGGAUCCUCAGGAUUGCGGCUGCGCCACCGGUGGCUCUUGUUCAUGUGAUGGAGCCUGCAAAUGCAAAAAUUGCAAAUGUACUUCAUGCAAAAAAAGCUGCUGUUCCUGCUGCCCUGCGAGCUGCAGCAAAUGCAGUAAAGGCUGUGUCUGCAAAGACCCUUCUUUGAACAAAUGCAGCUGCUGUCCUUGAACAUUUGCAGCCCUUCCCUGUAAAUAUGCUAAAUCUGCUGUUAAGUACAGAUGAUUGUUCAGGCUACAGUGAAUCUCUUGUAAUGGCUUCCAGCCAGAGAGCAUGAAAAUAAAGCUGACUUCAGACAAAUAAAGCCUGU